AUGCGGUACUCGCAGAUUCUGCUAUCGCGACUUUUACGACUGCGCUUUGUGUUGCCCCUCCUGCUAGCGCUGCUGCUGCUACUGCCGAAACCAUGCGGGUGCCUCGGUGGGGAGAGCAAGCUGGCGAAGCUGCAGAAACUCAUAAACAAAAAAAUAAAGCUAGACAUUAAUGAGAAAUACCGAAGCGAGAAGGACACCACCAACCAGUACAUUUCCUUUUUGUAUAUUCACGAGAUAACCGCGGGAGAUUAUGUGGAAUAUGUGCUGAACAAGUCAGGCGAUUAUGACUGCGUGCUGUUCGUGAUCGACGUGGAGAGUACCAAUGGGGUUUCCAAGUUUGACCGGAAGAACCUCAUGCUGCUGGAGCUGUUCAACCGCGUGGCGAAGGCCUUCAUUUUGGGAAACUUCUCCCUCUACAGCGAGGGGGGGAGCGGCGCGGCGAAGCGGACCACCCCGAUAGGAGCAAACGGCACAGAGCAGUGGACCAACCCGAUAGGAGCAAACGGAACGGCGAAGCGGACCACCCCGAUAGGAGCAAACGGAACGGCGAAGCGGACCACCCCGAUAGGAGCAAACGGAACGGCGAAGCGGACCACCCCGAUAGGAGCAAACGGCACAGAGCAGUGGACCAACCCGAUACGAACAAACGACACAGAGCAGUGCACCCCCCCCGCCUCAAGGCCCAUUUUCUUCUUCUACAUAAACAUUUACAAGCCGAGCCUGCUCCCCCUCAAGUACAUCCACGCGAUCGACGAGGUGCCCGAGUUCUUUUACGUCGGCCAGGAGACCUUCCUGCACUUUGAUUACUACUCCAAGGUGCGCCCCAACUACAAAUUGGAGGGCUUCUUAAAGGAGAAGCGGUCGCGCGAGGGAGACGCACCGGAGAUGAGCAACCAACUGGUCCAAAGGUACUUCUCGGAAUUUAUUCGCGCGCACAACAGGGGGGGAAGCGGUGGCGGUGUCAGCGGUGGCGGUGUCAGCGGUGGUGACGAUGGCAGCAGUGGUGACCGUCGGAGCAGUGGUGACCGUCGGAGCAGUGGUGAAGAGGGGGGGAGCACACCCCUGGACGGCAACUACUUGCAGAAGAUGCAGAAGCACUCCCUCACGAUCGCCCUCGUCGGGUUGUUCUCCCUUCUGUACGUCCUCCUGCAGCUGCUGCACAGGUGGCCCUCCCUCCUGUUUGUCUGCUCAUACGUCCUGUUCCUCACCUGCUUGAGCGGCAUCUUCCACUGCCUCAUUAACAAAUCCGAGCGAUACAACACAGCCAAGAACCUCGAUUCGAUGCUUCAUAAGUUCGUCUACCGUUCUACCAGUGCUCAGUACGUGUACGAGGGGGUGGCCUUUUCGCUGUUUAUUUUUUUGAUUACCUUUGCCUUGUUCCUCUUGUGUAGGUACUCCACCAACACGUUCAUGCCUCGGGGGGGGAGGAACUUGUGGCUCACCCUGCUUCUCCUGCUCACGUAUUCCUCCCUCGACGUCAUCCACGAGAUUAACCUGUUUAAGGUGUAUUACUCCACGUACUUCUUCUUUCCCCCGGCCAAGUUCUUCCGCAAGUGA